UACAACUAGCUAAAAAAAUCUAUUGUUAUUAGUGGGGUUAUGUAAUAUUUAAAUUAUAAACUAAGAAACUUUUCAUAAUAGAUAAAAGUAUAACUCUCAAAUGGUUUUCUGUGGGUUUGUGGCUACCAGUCGCUAUUUUUUUUAUUUAUGUUUUGAAUUAGGUAAUUUGGGAAAUGAUGCCUAUUUUCCAAGUGCGUUUUUCGUGUGCUAUGCCAUUCAUUCAAUCCGUUCGCGAUGUGAGAUGCUGCCUUAUUCUGUAGCCGUUACUAUUUAUAUGCAUUUAAAGUAUACACAACAACACUGCAUCAUCUGAGACACUUAUAAAUGACAGCACACGCAUAAACGCACUUGAAAACUGGAAUCACUGCCCGAAAUGAGCCGUGCAAAAAUAUAAAUAAAAAAUAAAUCGUGACUGUUAGCAGAAAAAGUUAUUUUAUAAACAGCUUCAUUCCUUUCAAAUUUGUCAGACUUUCACGAACGAUUUGUAACAGAUAAAAUCAAAUUUUAUGUGUCAUUGCACAUUACAGUUCAAGUCACAAGUUUAUCAAAUGCAACUGAUAACGAUAACACACUGGCGUCAGCAUUUCCAGUCUAUGACUCUGCAGUACACAUACUGAUACGUUUUAAGAUUUCUGUUUAUUACUUUUGUGCUUAUCACACAUUAUUAUCCGCGUGACAUAUUAUGUAAAUGCCUCUAUUAGUACAAGGCAUGACAAACACAUCUCAAGGGCAGAGACCUUGUGACGAAUUCCGUAGGGGACGAACCCUCGUAAUUCCUAGUACGCCAGCCAAUAGCAAACCGACACUUUGCUGCCGCUGACAACGGCACCGCCUUCUUGGCGCCACUUUCACCUUCCUGUGUACUUCCGGAACAAAUGAAGGCCGUUGAUAUACACGUCGGCUUUUAUGGGAUUAUUGUGAUUGCGGUUUGUGUGUGUAAAAUGUUGAACUUCUUACGUAUUCAAUGCCGCUACUAUUAAUAUGUUGAAUACUUUUUUAGUGUACAACCCGGUCAAACUAAGGAAAUACAAAGUUAUGGCAUUGACUGUAGUUCUAAUGUCCGGCAUUUAAGCUCCCAAGUGGGAGUGGUUCUGAUCUUGGGAACACUGUUCUCAAUUGAUGAGAAGCUUUUAACAUCUUUAAUUGAAGUCAAGUGAUUAGACUUAGGAAGUGUAGUGUUUGUGUAGUUAGGCGAAGUGAUUAGUGACAUUUAGUUCAAGUGGAUUUUCUCCAGUAAGGUUUCGGUGAUCAUGCUGUCCAGCGUAUGGGUAUGUGUUAAAGCUUGAAGAGACGAGAAAACUGCUUGGAUGAAAAAUGGCAACUGUUAAAUUAAGUAUACAUGAUAAAAAGGAACUAGAUAAAUUUACAAAAUUUCUUGUUCUAAAAGCUGCGCAAAUAAUUAUUCAGUCGAGAUUAGGUGAGAAAGUGCACACCAAAUGCAAACCACACUCAACGGGGACAGAUUGGGUAAGCGGCAAUAAAGAACCCACUUUUAACCUGGCAAUAAAGGAUCUUCCCGAAGUGCUCGCAGAAGCCAAAAAGGCGUUGAGCGGUGAAAUGGCGUCUACUCACACGUCGCUGUGUGUGGAAAUAUCACUACGGACUGUUGAGGGCGAUGCAAUGGUAUUAGAGACUUGGUGUUUAGCUGUGUUACCAGACCAGUGUGAUACAUCUGCGAGAGUUACAUAUACAGUAUACAAUAGAAUGGGCAUUUUGUUAAAGUCACUUGUUUCCGUGACUCGAGUUACUCCAGCAUACAAGUUGUCAAGAAGACAGAGCCCUGACUCCUAUGUAAUUUGUUAUAGAAUAUAUGUGGGAGAGCCUCAACUUCACACUCUCGGUGAAGGCUACAACAAACUGAGAGUUGGACAGCUGUGCACACCUGUAGGCACAAUACAUCUUAAGGUGGCAUACAGAACAAAGAUGACUAUCUCACCACAACACACAGGCAAAGAUAGCUCCAUAAUGUUGAAAAGUGAUCAUUUCCACUCUGACCUCAGUCCGAAGCAUGGACGAUACCAACAAAGUGAAGACAAUGCCUCAUCUCUGUCAGAAACCAUGAAGCUUGGAGCAUUUGCAGAUAGUAAAAGGCAUCCUUUGAAAGCUGUUGAACCAGAGCUCAUUAUUCCAAAUGUUCCAUUCAGUAGUUUGUUAACUCCAAAGCAACAAUCACCAUUACAAAGUCCAAUGCCACAACAGCAAAACAAAGAUCAGCAACAACCAUCAAGGGAAAGUGAAGCGGAAGACGAAGGAAAUGGUAAUCUUACACCUCACUGUCAUUCACCAACAGAAUCGAGGCGAUCAAGCUGUUCUGUAAACGAAGAUUUUAUUAUGGUGGACUUGAAAACCCCAUUUGCUGGGAGCAAUGCCAACAGCGAUUUAGGAGCAUUCUAUCGUGAAUGUCAGAGUGCUCCCCAGCUCAAGACUUUCAUGGAACAGCCAACUCUCGCGGAACAAGUUAGUGACAUCUCAAAAACACUUGAAGCAUUCGAAUCAAGUAUGCGUGAAUAUGAUGACAUGUUAAAUUCUCUUUGUAUAAAUGAUAACAACAACUAACCUAGCACAGACCAUGAAACUAUGUAUUUAGGUAUGUGAUAUACAGAUUACAUGAGAGACUGUGUGUGUGUGUGUGUGUGUGUGUGUGUGUGUGUGUGUGUGUGUGUGUGUGCGCGCGCAUCUCAUACAUGAAAAUGGCAUAUCAAGAGUU